AUGUCUCAUCUUAGAUGUAAGCAGCACAAGUGUAGAAGUUAGACAAGAUGGUGAGUUUACGUCAUUCUGUAUUCCCAAUAAAACCAUUGAAAGAAUACUGGUAUAAUAAAAAUGAUGAAUGAAGAAAUAAACAUAAUUGUGUUGAUAUCUAAAGUAUCUGUUCAUCAUUUGUCUCCCUACAGCUCCUAAACCUAACGGUGUCACUGGACCUGGUAGGUGUCCUUUUGUUAUGUGUAGGAAUAUAACCCGUAGACAUAUGGUCACCAUUUAGUCACAAAUGUAUGCCUGUGAGAAAAAAAUAACAUUUCUAUGAAUGUGCUUCAAUUCCUUAUUGUAGGUGUUGCGGCAAACAGUGUUGAGGACCAGGAGGGUAAGAUACUAUAUUCCAACAGGGAAGCACCAUGCACACACACACAUUUGUUUUAUUGUUUAUUGUAAGUCAUUUAGCAGACGCUCUUAUCCAGAGCGACUUACAGUUAGUGCAUUCAUCUUAAGAUAGCUAGGUGGGACAACCACAUAUCACAGGCAUAGUAAGUACAUUUUUCCUCAAUAAAGUAGCUAUCACAAAGUCAGAGCUAGUAACGGGGAAAAAAGUCAAGUGUGAGUCUUAGUGGGUCGGGCGUGAGGAGGGGGUGCGAGGGGGGAUGGGGUGCUGUGGGAUUAUUUAAGAUACUCUUUGAAGAGGAAGGGUUUCAGAUGUUUUCGGAAGAUGGGCAGGGACUCUGCUGUCCUAGCUUCAGGGGGAAUCUGGUUUCACCAUUGGGGUGCCAGGACAGAGAACAGCUUGGACUGGGCUUAGCGGGAGCUGCCCUCCCGUAGGGGUGAGAGGGCCAAGAGACCAGAGGUGACAGACACACACACACACACAGACACACAAACACACACAGACACACACAUUCUGGUUUUACUAUCCUUGUGGGGAUCAAACAAUUGAUUCCCAUUCAAAAUCCUAAUUUCCCUAACCCAUAACCCUAAACCUAACCCUUAGCCUAACCCUAACCCUAAACCUAACCACUAAGCCUAAAAUAGCCUUUUUCCUUGUGGGGACCGGCGAAAUGUCCCCACUUGUCCGAAUUUUACUUGUUUUACUAUCCUUGUGGGGACAAGAAACACACUCAAACACACACCUUUUCAACACAAAUCACAAAUACCUCACAGGAAUCAUUCCAGAUAUUAAAAGUGGAGAAAAAGGAUGAAUAUUGAACCAAUCAAAUGUGUGUAAUGUUCUACAAUUAACUUUAACGUUUCUUUAUCUUUCAGAGGAUGAGAGCUCAGAUGAAGGUCUGAAAAAAAGAAUUGUUCCUCCUCCUCCUCCUCCUCCUCCUGCUCCACAACAAAACUCACGAAAGUUAGUUGGGCCAGCAGGUGGGAACCGGAGAAAGGCCCCAGCCCCACAACAGAAGAGGAGAUCACGACCCUCCCGCCGUCAGCCCUGA